ACUAACUCAGUGCCCUGACAUUUCUGUUGCAGGUGUAACAGAGGAACUUUCCUGAACCCCGCAGUGGGACAGACAACCAGCAGCGUUGAUGUAAACUGGGCCGAGACCUGCCGUGACCUCCUCACACUCGACCUUGAGCCUCUUCUCGUGAUUGACCCUUUGACCCCUGACGCCUGACCCCUCCUCACCUCCCCUCACCAUGUCAACAUGGCCGACCGGCCGAAGCGCGGUGGUGACCGUGGUGUGACUGCGCACCGUGCGGCUUUUUCCUCCCCGCUCUCGUUCUGACGGUAGUGUGGGUCGGAGGGUUUUCAUCUCCUCCUCCUCCUCCCUCCCUCCCUCCUCCUUGCACCCUUCGUCCUUUCCCGCCCCCACACCCCACAUCCUUCCAACUCCGACUUUCACCCUCAUCCACCCUCUCACUUGGUGGUGUUGCACUCUCCUCUCCUUCCUCCCCCUCCUCCCCCCCACCCGCGGAGCGCUGAGAGCAGCCGGGCAAGAUGGACGGUGGGGAGAGUGUGCGGUCAGGUCGCAGCGAGAGGUCAGAGAGGUCGCACCGCAGUCAUGGGAGCAACCACCACGGGGGCGGAGGUCACCACAGGCAGCACGGCCGCCAGCAGGUCCCGUCUCGGCAGGGCAGCAGUCGUGGGAUGGCGCGGGGCCACGACAUGGACAGAGAUGACCGCUCUGUGACCAUCAAGACGCCUGGUCAAGAGCCGGAGAUGGACAGAGGAAUGGAGGAGAGGAUUGAAGUACAGGUGAUCCCGCAGGACGACAACUGGGGCGACAACACGACAGCCAUCACAGGCAACACCAGCGAGACGGGCUUCUCCAUGGAGGAACUGGACAAGUUUGCCGUGAGGGACAACGACAGACAGGUGGGCGUGAACUGUGCGCGCUACGUGGGCACGGCGCUGACGGUGGGCCUGAGCGUCAUUGCCUUCCUCUCCCCGAUCGCCAUGGUGCUGCUGCCCAAGCUGGACAUCAUGGACUGGCGGGCCAGCAGCAUGAGCCCCGAGGACUCGGAGUGCCGGCCCGAGUGCGAGGGUCUUCUCAUCAGCUUCGCCUUCAAGCUGCUGGUGCUGCUGGUGGGGGCUGUGGCCUUGUUCUUUCGCAAGCCCAGGGCGACCAUGCCGCGAGUGUUUGUGUUUCGGGCCGUGGUUCUGUUCCUGGUCUUCGUCCUCACGUUCGCCUUCUGGCUCUUCUACGGGGUGCGCAUCUUCAAGGAAAAGCAGGGAACCUAUGAGGGUAUUGUCCAGUUUGCCCUGUCCCUGGUGGACAGCCUCCUGUUCGUCCACUACAUCGCCAUCAUCCUGCUGGAGAUCCGCCAGCUGCAGCCGCAGUUUGCCGUGCACGUGGUGCGCUCGCCCGACGGGGAGUCGCGCGUCUAUAACGUGGGCCUGCUCAGUAUACAGAGGGCGGCCGUCCACAUCCUGGAGCAGUACUACCGGGACUUCCAGAUGUACAACCCGUACCUGGAAAACGUGACCAAGAAGCACAGCAAGCACCCCAGCACGGCCUUCAAGGUCUACGACAUCGACGGCAGCGCCCCCAACCAGCAGGCCAAUCAGAACCGGGCGCGCAACGUGUUCCCCGCCGCACCGCGGGGUCGCAGAGAGCAAGGUCACAACGACCGGUUUCACGACGAGCAGGAGUACGAGAGGAGGGUGAGGAAGAGGAGGGCGAGGCUGGUGGUGGCCACGGAGGAGGCGUUUACUCACAUCAAGAGGAUGCAUGAUGAACAGGGUCCGGCAAUCUCCAUGGACCCUGGCGAGGCGGCGGCCGCCGUGUUCCCGUCGCUGGCCCGCGCCCUCCAGAAGUACCUUCGGAUCACUCGCCAGCAGCCCCGCUACACCAUGGACUCGGUGCUGUCCCACCUGGCAACCUGCAUCUCCCACGACAUGAGCCCCAAGGCCUUUGUGGCCAGGUACCUGUCGCAGGGCGCGGUGGUGUGUGGCAACCCGCAGGAAGUGGGCUCGACGGAGCGCUGGCUGCUGGUGUGCGAGCAGCUACUGACCAGGGAGCUAGACCACCGCAUGGUGUUUCAGUUGAAGAAGGGGCCGGUGGCGCUGCUGUGCACGGUGGCCAAGAUCCCACACUUCAGCCUAACGGAGGAGAUGCUGCACCCCAAGGCCAACAAGUUUGUGCUGCGCCUCAAUUCUGAGACCUCUGUAUGAUGAUGACGACGAUAAUGAGGCGCGCAGACGGUCGCCUCUUGCUUAUUUCCUGCUGCCAUCUCGGGAGACAUUGGUAUGAUGACGAUAAUAAUGAUAAUGUGGCACGUGGCUCGACGCCCACUUCCUGCGUCUGGCUGUAAGACACUGGCAGACAUAGGAUGGAUAAGACACGCAGCACAGCCGGCAUUCCCACCGUUUCCAACUGCCAACAACCGCUGCGACGUUCCCUUCCCCCAGCGACGACUCCCCCCCCACUGGCAGCCAGCGUCGCCCGCUUCCUCCCUCACACGUCUGUUCUGUCCCUUUUGCAAACAGGUGUGGAAGAAGAUGUGGAUUUUUCUUUAUGUGGUGUAAAGAGUUUCUUUUAUUCUUGCUUCACAUGGAAGAGUGGUUCAAUUUUGUGGAUAGCUCAGGUGUAGAAGGACUUGGAUGGAAUGGAUUCUGAGCGGAUGUAUCCUUAGUUUGAACCGGCGAGUUUUCGGACAAUUUUUGCCUGCUUCACAUGGAUAAGUGGUGGAUUCACGAGCCAGCUUACGUCUGGAAGGAAGAAAUUUUGUGUGAAGUGAAGUCAGGAAGGAAGGAAGAAAUUUUGUGUGAAGUGAAGUCAGGAAGGAAGGAAGAAAUUUUGUAUGAAGUGAAGUGAGUGCCGAUGUAUCCUCGCCGAGUAAAGGCUAGUCGAGGGCAGCGUCUUCCAGCUGCGUGCGCUGAGAUAAGUGGGAGGAAUUUCUUAGAGGAAUCUGAUGUUGUUGUUUUUCUAUUAUUAUUUUUCAGGGAUGUUUACAGUUGAAGUUGGAGUGCGUUGAAAAAGACCAAGGAAUAUUUAGUGGUAUUGAUUGACAGAUGAUGCUUUGAUACAACGCCUAUGACUUUUGACAGCUGUAAGUUUUUUUACAAUCUUUUUGGGUUUUUUUUAAAGGCUAUUUGAACAUCUAUUUGUUGCCAUGACAACCUAAGUGACAGGCUGACAGACUCGUAGACAACACACCCCCACCUUGAAUCAUUUCAUGUCGGACAGGCGCUGUGUGACAAGUCACCAAGGUUACCAGAAACACGCCUCUCAACAUUUUUGUACCCCAUGAGUUUUUAUAUAAGCCUUUUUGUAUUUUAAAGAAGCAUUAAGCAGCAUGCUGUUGCCGUGGCAACGUAACCAAGAGGUUGGAAGAAAGACAGCAAGUGGAGCAGUCCCCUGCUGUAAUUAUCAGAUUAUCUCGCCAUGGACAGGUUUUAUCGCCAGAUGUUUUAGCUGACCCUCUACCUUGAAGCACAACUCUAGCAUGCCUCCGAGACCCCCCCCCCUCAUCUCCCCCACAUGACGGACAAAAAAGUUUUGUGCAGAUAGUAGAUAGUUUUUGUUAGCCUCAAGUGUCGGGGGGGGGGGGGGGGCAGACGAUGCUUCGUGGGUGUGACCAGGUGACCUUGAGACGUCGACAGCCAAACCCUCGCAUAGAAGCAUUUAUAAAUCAACCUUCUGUAAUCUGGAAGACGAGGCGCUAUAAAUAGCUACUGUUGGACCAAGCUGUGGUUGUUUUUGUUUGGGUUUUUUAAAAGCGGAAGUCUGCAAGACGGUGGUGGUAGAAUUUCCUUUUGUAGUAUGCUGUCUGUGUGUCCCUCUGUGUUAUUGUAUGUGUGUGUCUGUGUUUAUGGGUAGUAUGGUGGCUGUGUGUGUGUGUGUGUGUGUGUCUGGAUGGGUUAUUGUGAGUGUGGUUGUGAUGGGGGGUAAUUUGACUUUUGAAAGAUUUCCACGACAGAGCGCUACGGGAGAUACUGAGAGUGUAGUACUGUGAAAGAAUGGUGUGGGAAAGUAGAGCUAGUGGAGAGGUUAGUGCUGUUCUCUCUCCCGUGAAGUUUCCUUCAGUCCCCUUUACCUCGCUGUGGGCAGUAGUGCCUGCUCUGUGCUCAUACCAAACAGUCUCAAUAGUGCUGUAAAAAACAUGUUAUAGUUAUAGACGGACGAUAUAUAUACUCGCUCUCAAACUGAUAUCAAAAUGUCCUCCAGAUCUGCUGCCCUUUCAUCUUGAUUGACGAUUUUCAUUGAACAGUUGUGUCAAUUGACAAUUUUCAUUGAAUGUUUGUGACUAUUGACGAUUUUUAUUGAACAUUUGUAUCAAUUGACCAUAUUUCCAUCCACAAUUUUCAUCAUCAACACCUUGAGUUGAUCAACAAUGUUUCACAGACAUCCUUGUUUUCCAUUUUGUCCUCCUCGCUGGAGCCAGUAUAUCAAAGAUUUUUUCUACUGUUCUGAAAUAUUUCCUUUGACAAGUCCUCUUGCUCAUUCCACUAAGUUGUCCCUGGUCAAUUUUUUCACAAUGUUGAUUUUAAUCUGGAAACAUUCCGAGGUCUUGACGGAAAAUUGUAAUGUUAAUGGAAAAAAACAGAGUUACUUGGAGUAACAACAGUCCCUGGUGGUCAUGGAGUAGGAAGUGGCUGGGGUCUGUGUUGUCAACUGUCAAUAGUUACAAAGUAGUUGCUGGGCUUUGCCUGCCAUUCUUAACUCUUUCACUACCAGGGGGGUUUUCUCACCGUGACUGGGCCCUAUCUGUGACCUACUUUCUGAUUGUGCCUACCGUCGGACAAAUGAAAGAUGUAAAAGUUCAAUGUUCAAUAUUAGCCGCAUCAUAUGUAUUAUAUACGGAAAUACAGGGGAAAUAAUGACCUAUCUCAACAUGCUGCUAAAAACAAUCAUUCUGCAGCCUAAGAUUUCAGAUGUGAUUUUUACAAAAGUAGGUGUGGUUUUGAGGCAGGAAGUGGAGAGCCGUGAAACACAGCUCGUGGUAGUGAAAGAGUUUUAAACAACCAGAAAAGAAAUCUGGGGGCGGCGAGAUCGUGGAAUGGGCAGGAGGAGAUUCUGUGGCAGGGAUUUUAAAUUUUGUAUUGUCCAUCACCGCGAGACUAACCAAUCAACCGUCUGCUGAACUUGUACACAUCAGUCAACUGUGGAGGACUGGCCAUGUGUGUGUGUGUGCCUGUGUGUGUGUGUGGCGGGGGGGGGGGGCUUCUUGUCCAAUGGCGUGACACAGCAUAAAGCGUUGGAAUGUUUUCGCUCUAAGUGUGAGAGGUUGCCACAAGCAAUGAAAGUACAUAUGUAGGGAAGGCGAAUCUGCUGUACAUACAGGUGUUUUUUAUACUCAAAAGUUUUUUAAAUUGAAUUUAUGGAAGGGAAUUUUUUGUUCCAGAUGGAUCUGCUUUGUUUGAUGCACGUUGGGUUCUUUGUAAUAAUUAUGAUUACUUUUGGAGGGGACUUUGGAAAAGACGGAUACAGCCUCUUUUUUUUAAGCUCUACUUUGCUCUAACGUGUUUGUGUGUUGUUUUUUUCGUUGGAGCAAACAUGUGUGGUGGAAUGAUUGGGUCCUUGUCUUGUGCGCAAAGGAUGGGAGUUUGAUUCCCUGGGGGGGAAAAGAUAGUUUGUGUUUUGUUAUUGCGUAUGAUGAGGCUUUUGGUUUUAUAUGCGCUCUGUGUGUGUGUGUGUAUGUGUGCAUGUGUGUGUGUGCAUUAGUGAGCUGCCCAUAAGAAUGCCAUCAGUUACUGCAUUGAGAGAAUCCCGAUGUCUCAUUUUCUACGGUAUAAACUAGAUAGACAAAAUAUUCUACUUUGACUUUGUCUUGUACAUACCUCAGAUUAUGCACAGUGAUGCAGCAGCAUUUUUUGGUACUUUUUUUGUGUAAUACCUGAGAAUUUUUUGCCAGUACGUUCCUCGCUAUGUUAUGGUGGUUGUGUGUAUUAUUAUUGAAAAAAAA